AUGACGAACAUCUCAAGAUAUCUUGUAAACCACCUGCUGACGUUUUCACUGCAGGACGGGGAUGUGCAGAGUGUGGAGGAAGCACAGGCACGGCUCUCCUUCCUGGCGCAGAACAAAAAGCUGUGGAGUCAACAGAUGUUCCUUGAUGUGGGAGAGGAGGCCAUUCUUCUCCGAGACAUUCAGAGCCAGGAUGAGCUGGAGAGGUACCCUUUCAAAUCCAUCUUCCGCUGCGACGCCAUUAACACAGAAAAACACUUCCCAUCCCUUCUCCUGCUGGUGUGCCAAAGUGCAGACCAGCAGAAGCCGGACAUCCAGUUUUUUAACUGUGAGACUGUAAAGGCAGAACAAAUCUGUGACGACAUUGCACGCGCAGUUUCGGGUUCCUCGGGUUCCGGCCGGAGAAAGAAGCUCCCUGAUUCCGUCAGGCCUCCUCGGAGUGGGGGAGAGGUGCCGGACCCCUAUGAAAUCCCAAACCCUCCCAUGCCACGUGCUCCAAACCCCCCACCAGUAAACCCUCCACCUUACCCUGGACCUAGAGCAAACGGUGUGAACGGCGGGCCUGAUGUCUCCUUCCUGCGAGCAGAGAGAGAAGUGGGGAUCCUCAAUCACUGUUUCGAUGACAUCGAGAACUUCAUGGGCAAGCUGCAGCAGACUGCAGAGGCUGCAACAGUGCUGAACCAGAGGAAGAAGAAAAAGAAGAAAAGUAAAAAGCAGACUGCUGAAGAUGAUUUACUCACUGCAAAGGCCCGCCCUCCGCCAGAGGAGGAAUUCAUCGAUAUCUUCCAGAAAUUCAAAUACUGCUUCAGUCUGUUGGCCCGUCUGAAGUCAACCAUCGCCAAUCCUUCAUCUGAGGAGCUUGUGCACCAUGUAUUCAAGCCUUUGGAUAUAAUGGUGAAAACAACAGGGGGACCAGCUCUCGGAGCAUCAGUGUCUAGCCCCGCCCUGACUAGCUCCGCUGUCUCCCUGCUACAAGACAACCUGAGCGAGGAGGAGAGGCAGCUGUGGACGUCUUUGGGUCCCAACUGGACGCUGCCACGCUCUCAGCUCAGAGGGCCUGUAGCUCCCUACACUCCUGUGUUCUUAGACGGUUGGAAACCGGAAGCCACGGGGGCAGACGGGCAGGUUUGGGAGGAUCCGGUUGAGUCACAGCACAAACAUGAAACCCUCCGAGUAAAACAAGAGCAGCAUCAGCCAGGUGUACCUUCAGACAUCCAUGUCAGCGAUGAAAUAGACGGCAGCACGCUCUCACCAGAGCCGGACAGAAUCUACAGUUGCACUUAUGACUUCAUAGCCAGGAACAGCAGUGAGCUUUCAGUGCAGCAGGGGGAGACACUCGAGGUAGUUGAAUCAUCCAAACGCUGGUGGAAGGUUCGUAAUCGGUUCAACCAGAUCGGAUUCGUUCCCUUCAACAUUCUGGAACCUUUAACUCACAUAGACAGCCCUGUCACCAACAGACCCCCCAGUGCUCCAGCUCCCCCUACACUGGCCAAGACUUUCUCUGCAGUCCCACCCAGCCCUCCUGCUCCACCCCAGGCCCCAACCCACUCCCCCCAGCGCCCACGCAGCUUACCGCCAUACAGCCAACACAUAGCAGCUGCAGAGGACCCAGAUAAUAAAGUCAUGAUGGUGAACGACGAGCUGCUCCAGAGGCUGACCAAUGGAAAGAGCAAUCUAAACAAACCUCUGGUCAUCCCUCGCUCCUCAGAGACCUCUGUGCCUCUGGACUACCACUCUCCUCCAGACGAGGUGGCCGAGUGGCUCCGAGGGAAAGGCUUCAGUGAACCGACGGUGUCAUGUUUGGGAGUGCUGACAGGCGCCCAGCUCUUCUCCCUCAACAAGGAGGAGCUCAGAGCUGUUAUUCCAGAUGAGGGCGCCAGAGUGUACAGCCAGCUCACUGUGCAGAAAGCACUGCUGGAGGACGCCAGAAGGGCCACGGAGUUGGAAGCCGUCAUGGAGAAACAGAAAAUGAAGGUGGAUCUGAAACUGGAGAGCAGCACAUUGUGAGCAGCAGGUGUCCACAUCACAAAGAGAUUCAGAUGAAGGAUCGUGUUGUCACCUCAGAGUGAAUUCCUGAAUUAUUAAUUUCAUUCACCAGAAAACCACCAUGUGACAGUGACUCGAGCAUCUAUCAUGUUAUCAUGCUAUAAGGGCCGUUGUGACAGGAUUAUUUCAUGUUAAAGCCAAAGUAUUUUGGCAGAAAAUAAAGCUUUUAAUGGAAGCAGGCGCUGAGCAAAUUCAAUAUUUUAACAUUAAAGAACACUAUUUGUAAUGUACUUUGUUGAUUUUAAUGUGAAUAGUUUUCUUCUGUCUCACUUCCGCAUAGCAGUCAAGGACUAACUUAAUGAAAUGUAUUUAUCUUUAUUUGUAGGAAACUUGUCUAAUAAUUCAACCAAAGUUCGGCAAACAAUAAAAACUGAAGUGGU